AUGGCCGAAAAGGGGAAGGGACUGCUCGAAGACGGGCUCGCCCACUUCACCAACAAGUUCAACACGUUCAAUCGGGAUCUGGAGGUGGCCAUCGGAGCAUAUCAACACGAGACCAAGGCGGUUCUCGACGGCAUGCGUCCGGAUGGCCAUGCAGAAGCGGAAGAAAGACUCAAUUUUGUGCGAAACACGAUCUCACGUCUGCAGACGGCAAUGGAAGAAUGGCUGCCAGAUGGGACUCGCCUCCUCAACACCAUCCGCCAUCUCACAACGGCUACCCGCCAGGCAAACGCCCAAGCCACGCCCACCACCCGC